AUGGGGCCUACCAACGCGCACGACAGACCGCCGACGAGGAGACAAAUUCUUGGAGACGCAACCUCGAGAGCGAAUGUUUCUCGGCCAUCAAACAGACGCCCAACUACUGACAACAGCUUUUCGUCGCCAAUACCACAUCAUGAAUCCCUUAAGCCUGGAGGCAAUCUUGCGGCAGUUUCGGAUUUCCCCUCCCCAAAGGUGGCCGCCGGAAAUCCAAGAGUCUCCGCUGUCGUAAAUGAAGACGUUUACAACUCCAACCGCAACUCCCAAAUAUCCACAACGUCGACAAAAGCAUCAGGGAAGAGAAAAACACAUAUAGGCCCAUGGCAGCUAGGUAGAACGCUCGGAAAAGGAGCCACAGCUCGGGUGAGACUGGCGAGAAAUGUUAUCACGGGCCAAUUUGCUGCAGUCAAGGUCGUUUCCAAGAAAUCAGCGGUUCGAACCAGAGCAACAAGUCUCGCUGGCUUGGAUGCUUUGGCAGCUGCGGCUGAUGGGGAAGAUGCUCCGACUAUGCCGUUUGGCAUUGAGCGCGAGGUUGUAUUGAUGAGACUCCUUCAACAUCCCAACGUGAUCAAUUUGUAUGACGUUUGGGAGAACCAUGGAGAGCUAUAUUUGGUCCUCGAGCAUGUUGAAGGGGGCGAGCUUUUUGAUUAUGUUGCGAACAACGGCCGGCUCCCCGAAUGGGAAGCUGUCCGCUUAUUUCGACAGCUCAUCGCUGGCUUAUCUCAUUGCCACCGAUUCAAUGUUUAUCAUCGGGACCUCAAGCCGGAGAACAUACUUCUUGACCGAGACUGCAACGUGAAGCUGGCCGAUUUUGGAAUGGCUGCCCUUCAACCGGUGGGUGUCUUGCUUGAGACAUCUUGCGGGAGCCCGCAUUAUGCAGCCCCGGAAGUUCUCAGCGGCCAUCGUUAUCGUGGAGACAAGGUUGAUAUAUGGUCUUGUGGUGUUGUGCUUUACACCAUGAUUGCCGGACAACUGCCCUUUAAUGGGCCCACACUGGCGGACAUUUUCAAGCAGGUGAAGCUCGGACGCCUGAUGAUGCCAACCGAUAUGAGCAUGGAAGCGAGGGAUCUAAUUCAUCGAAUGCUUCGUCGAGAUCCAAAUGUUCGUAUCGACAUGGCCGGCGUACGGCAGCACCCUUUGAUGACGAAAUACAAGCCCGAAGGGGGAUAUACCGGAAUUGAUUCUACGCUAGAAGCAUGGGCUGAUAUAUCACCGUACGACCUUAACCAAGAGUAUCAGAGACCGAUUGGCGGUCGAGACGAGAUUGACAAGGAGCUCCUACGAAAUUUGCAAACGCUAUGGCACAGGGAAACCAAAGAGGACUUGAUCAAAAAGCUGCUAGAUCACGAACCGAAUCAACAAAAGUACUUUUACCGCGCUCUCAUGAAAUAUAGAGAGGACCAGUUGGAGAAUUUUGCCGGGGCAGCGCUAGGAUACUCGGCAAGUGAUUACCAUCAUAGCAAGCCAGCUGCCCGAGGAAGGACUCCAGUCAGGCAGCAAUCUCAGUAUUCGAUCAUCUCUUCCGAUUACAUUCACCCGCGGGAUGCGUAUUAUGACGAACCGAGAGUAGCAAAGACCGGUGACAGCUACGAUCCUUUCCGAGCCUCGUCGGGGCCAAUGGGCGAGGCGCGAGCAUCUUAUGCUAACGUAACGGUCCAUCGGGGCCGUCAACCUCACACCAGACAUGCAGCGACCAUCAGGAGCCAUGGACCAUCCAGCUCUCGGGCUUCGGUUGCAACAUCCCGCAGAUCCCAUCGCGCUGCACGUCGAGAUGGACAUGACUCUAGGAGCUCUUUAGUCAGCUCGCAGUAUCCAAGUAGUCCACCAGUUCUUGUGCCGCGAGGCUCCCGACGCAAGAGAGGGGUGAGCUUCUCUCAUCUCCGAAAGCGAGUUCCCUCGGGCAGCCCUGAAGUGGUCACGCAGAGACUAGAAUCGCCACGGACCCCAGUUCGGUCGUCUCCGUUUAUGGGGUCGAACUACACCGCAGCCAGCCGACUCGCCACGUACGGGGACGAUAGUCCGAUACCGACUCGGGAACAAAUUGUGCGGUCUCGAAAGGGCCCAGCUGUCGUGGAGACGAAUGUCCCUCGAACAAAAAAGUCUCGCGUCCCCAGCCAUGCUUGGAAUGAUGAGACGAGACAUGUUAGCAGUGAGCUGGAGAAAUUCUGCGAUGAGCUCUUCAAUGGGCCGCCGGUAUCUGAACUUCAAGGAUCUACACCUGCCGAGAAGCCCAACGGCAAACAACCCAACCAUGGGGACACAUUACGAUCGGUGUCUGUGAAUGGCCCAACCCCUCAUAGCAGAUCUGUUGCGGGUGUAAAUAUUGCAUCUCUGAAAUGUCAGACGCUCACAGCUUCUUACUCUCGCCAAGGAGCAUUUCCUGACCAACAAGUCGAUUCCGAGGGAGAAAUGGAGACAUCUGGCCGCCGGAUUCACGACCGGGAUGAAUCUGAAGGGUACUUGGACGAUGUUAUCGCUCACCUUGACCGUCUCAUGCAGCCCAGUACAGCCGCUCACGACAUUCAGGAUAUGAACAGACGAAUCGCAUCUGCGCCGGGUCCUCGAACUCCCAUGAGCCAAAUACAUCUCCCUGCAAUAUCUGAAGAAGGCCGCUUCUCUGAUGCUGAUGCCUCGCAAGGUAGCUUGGAUGAAAUUUUUGGAAUGAGGUCAGUCUCGCAGCCAAUGACGACCACUCGGCAGGCUCAAUCGCUCCGACGAGAGGUACACGAGUUGGAGACUAUUCGUUUGGUUGGCAAACCGCCGCAGAAUGUGCCCGCCGAUGCGAUACCAGCUCUUAACAUUCGCAAAAGAAACGUCGAGAGAGUCUUGGGGGCACCGAAUGGCAGACCCAUGCCAGAAAAGAAUACGCGCAAAAGUCCUAUGCUCGACUUUGUAGAUAUCGAAGACGAGAUGGCUCAUGGACAAUCGGACAAUGUGGGUGGCCGCAAAGGAAGCGGCGACCAAAAGUUGAAGAGCUGGUUCAAACGACGGUCGAAGCAUAUGUCGGAAGGUUCGCGAGAGACGAGUGCAAGCUAUGAAAGCUCCCAGGAGAAGCAGAACAAGGACGCACGAGCAGUCGAUUCCACGGGCGACAAACGGUUUAGUGGAGCUUCUCAAAGAACAACAACCUUUCCAGCACAGCCGGGUUCACGCAAGUCUUCAGGGGCAAGCAAAAAGGGUCUUUUUCGAAUGUUUGGUAAACGCGAGUCUGGACACGAAGACGAAGAGAUUCUUCCCUACGGUGAUUCCGUCAGGGAUAACGAUAUGGCUUCAGAUGUAGUCGUCAAAAACAAGCGGAACCAGCGUAAGCGAGUCAGUGAGAGACUGGUCGAGGACGUUCACUUCCGCUCGGCACAGCCACAGCAGAGCUGGUUUAUGCGAUUGUUUCAUAUCAAGCCUGCUACGGCCCUAAUGUGCUUUGCCACCACCAAAACGAAGGCCCGCCGAGAAGUAGCUACCGUCCUCAGGGGCUGGAGAAAAUAUGGACUCCGGGAUGUUGCAGUUGACGCGCAGCGCAGCUUGGUUUUUGGACGAGUCGAUCAGAAUAAUUACCUUCGAAUCAAGGAAGUGGAGUUUGUUUGCGAGGUCAUGACUGUCCUUGAACAUGGAAGACGAGCACAACUCAGUAUUGCUCGAUUUACGCAACAGCGAGGAGCCGCUUCAAGCUUUCACAAGGUCGUUGGUACUCUCGAGGCGGUCAUGAAGUCGAGGGACAUAUUGGUAAAGGAUUCGAAGAAGAGGGCAGAAAUAUGCAAAGUUCUUGGAUGA